AUGUUCCACUUGUUUUCUCACUGUUGGCGUUGGGUCCAGAUAAAGCAAGAACCAAUCAGGAGUGUGACCAUUCUUUUCUUGGGACUGGAAAGUGCAGGAAAAAGUUCAAUAAUCAAAGUUAUAAAAAAAGGUCCUCCAUCUGACAUGUCUUUAUCCAGUGAUCCAUUCAGAACUGAGCUUCGUUUUGACCAGUUUGAUCUAACUUUUCUUGAGCUUCCCAGUGGACAAAAGAUGAGGGCAAAUUGGAGGCUUUACUAUACUCAUGCACACGCUCUUGUCUUUGUACUGGAUGCUAGUGACCAUGGACGCAUACAGGAGGCUGCAGGUGUCCUUUCUAGUGUCCUAAAACACUCUAGAGUGGCUGGGAAACCACUUUUAAUAUUGGCAAAUAAACAGGACCGAGCCUCUGCACUCUUACCUAGUGAGAUAAUUGAGCUGCUGUCAUUAGAAAAACUAGUGAAUGAAAAUAAGACUCUUUGCAGAAUUGAGCCAUGUUCAGCAAGCACAGACUUUCAUUCCAGUCAUGACUGGGCCAUUCUUAAAAGUCUUCGUUGGAUUUUGAGAUCUGUGUCUGUCAGUUAUUCUACAUUGAGUGCUCGUAUAUUGCAAGACAGUGCAGAGCAGAAAGAAAGUAUUCACCACAGAACAUCUAUGAGGCUACAAAAUCACAGAGAUUUGUUGGGAUGGGACAUGCCUCAUGAUAGUGUCACAGAGCUUGUGGAAUACAAAUCAUUUCCAGGUGUCAAGAAAAGGCCUCUUAAACCUAUUCAAAACAUCUUCACACAGACUGGACACAGUCUGCACAGAAUGAACAAAAAAAGAAAGAGAAAGGUGAAAAUUACAGAAACUGCACAAUCUCAGGUUUUGAAGGUAAAUCAUAAUAUGGAAGGUGAGCUAAAAUCUGAAGCUAAAGCAUCACCAUCCAGUGGGGCUAGAUUUUGCCAUACUUUGGGACACAGAGCUGUAAUCAUGCCAGAUACACAGGAUAAUCGACCAGCAGCUGGUGAAGAAAUUCUGCAAUUGGUUGAAAGUGCUGAUAACCCAACCCUAUUGCAGUGA